UCAUUCCUUUGGUGUGAGAGCUUGUGCGACGAUUUACCUGCAGGGAAAAAAAACGUGUAGCCAGCUUAUCUGCUCUUUUUCUACGUUCCUUCGCCCCUCCCGGCGACAUCCCCUCGUGCUUCCUCAUUACACACUGCUCUCGUGGACGUAGCAGCCGUCAAUUGUCGCGAUAGCUUCAUUGCGCCCACUGCGACAAGCGAACCGUCAUCUCUUCAACACGGCCCACAUCGAACUCGUCAACAAACUGCCGCUUCACGUUUGCCGCCGAAGCCAACUUGUUCUGUCACCCCCCUAGCGCCAGCCCGAUUGAUUCCCUUUGCUACGUCGCCAUCCCUGGCAAACUCGACUGUGUACGCCUUUAUCGAACACACGAACCUGACCAACCUCAAAAAGCUCCGACGAACGAACCGCGUUGCGACAUCGCGAGAACUCCCGGCCAAGCCUCGGAGGCUCUGCCGCUUGUUUUCCAUCGGCCAGAUAUUGUACAGAGUAGCUCGCCUGCGCAUGCGAUCCCGACCUGCAUUUCUCUCAAGGCAUUGCCCAAUCGUGGCAGCGCGAGGGGGCCACGACCCCUCACCACCACCACCACCACCACCACCCUCAUCCUCAGCACACCAUUGACGCCGCCGCGCCAAUCACGGCCCGCCGCCGCCCGCCAUGAUCCUCCCCUCGCCGCGCAUAAAGCGCCUUCUCUUUCUUGUCUUCUUCUCCUUCCUCAUUGGCAACGCCCUACUGUACCUCAUCCUGCCCUACGACAACCCGCUCGUCCUUGCCUUUCGCUUCAACUUCUCCGGCCUGCAGCUCUGGCUGCGCGGCUCCGGCGUCGAGAAGGACGCCUGGCUGUACGAGCCGGCCAGGUUCCCCAUCGAGUACCGCAACGACGUCGGCCUGCUCAUCAAGACGGGCUACGGCACCCGCCACCGCCUCGCCGCCCAGAUCGAGGCCCUCGACCUGACGCCGGACGACGCCGACGACGCUUUCGUUGUGGUCGGUGACUGGACACCGCGCGAGGGCGGCAAACUCGCCGGUGUCACCGUCCACGAUGCCAUUGGUGGCGUCAUGGCCAUGCCCGAGAUGAGGUCCCACCACGAUGCGCCGAAAUUCAAGGAGUAUCUGUCCCUCAAAGAUGCCGUCCAGGCCGGCGAUGACGCCAAGGCGACGGAAGUCGGCAAGAGCUUCGGCUGGGACCUCGAUGCGCUCAAGUUCAUCUGGGGACUCGAGUACGUCUACGACAACCUCCCGCCCAAGAAGUGGUACGUCAUCCUCGACGAUGACACGUACCUCGUCAAGUCGUCGCUGCGCCUUCUGCUGACGCACUGGGACCCCGACGUCCCGCGGUACGUGGGCAAUGCCGUCGGCGACUUCAAGGGCCGCUUCGCGCACGGCGGGUCGGCCGUCGUCAUCUCGCAUGAGGCGGCGAGGCAGCUGCUCGCGCGGCGCGACGUCGUCGCCGCGGCACAGGAGCACUCGCUCGAUGAGACAUGGGGCGAUCGGCUCAUCGCGUCGGCGUUCCAGAAGAUCGGCGUCUACCUCGACGAGCGGUACAGUCACUUCUUCAACGGCGAGCGGCCCGCCAUCUCCAAGAUGAUGGCCGACCGUUUCUGCUCGCCGCUCGUAUCGUUCCACGGCGUCGCGGACCCUGACGAGAUGAGGAGGAUCGGCGCCGCUUUCCGGGACGAGCGGAGCCCCGUGUUCUGGGGCCAGCUCUGGGACAUAUACGGCGCGCCGUCAGUGGACGAGUUCAAGCGGCUGCCGAUCCGGGCGGCACGCGACUACGUUGGGAGGACGGACGAGCGAGCCCGUGUGCUGCCGGGGACGGAGACGGCCGAGGCGUGCUUGGCGGCGUGCGAAAGCGCGGCGGGCAAGUGCCUCGCAUGGACGUGGGUCGAGCACAGCGCCGAGUGCAGGAUGAGCCCGUGGAUGAUUCUGGGCGAGCGGGUCAAAGGUCAUUACUCGGGCGUCAACGUUGGCGAGGUCGAGAGGCUGCGGCAGAGCUGCUGAGGGGAGGCGGGAGACGAGGGAAGACGGUCGCGAUGAUACCCAACAGGAGAAUGGCGCAGUAAGGCGGUGUGGACAGGCUGGUUUUACACUCUGGACGUGUAUUCAGGCGCUUGGCGUUUGGUUGUGUUCCUUUGACCAGGCUUCAAUUUUUCUCAUCAAUGCAAACAAGACGAUAUGUCUUUUUGCUUUUCUCGCCUCCAUGUCCCGGUCGGUAGCAUGUCGAUUGUCGACGUUGGUCAUUGGUGAUACACUCGUUCCCAUGCCUCCGAUGCGGUGCAUUCUGUUUUCGAACAAACCCGAAACCGAGAGAGCUCUUAAGCUCGGGUUCGGGGCGGCGUGCAGCUCGGACACGGUUGAGGGCCGAGCUUCCCAGCCGGUCGACGGUCCGAAUAGUCCGGUGGUGACGGGCGAUGGUGGAAUUGGUCGU